AUGGCCGACCGUUUCCCUUCCCUGGAGGACUUCUCUGAGGGCCAGACCGAAGUCGCCGAUAGCAACAUUGGCGGUGACGAUGACUUCCUUGCCCGUGAGCGCGCGGCUCUCGGCGAAGAUGCGGACCAAUUCGCGACCCCUCAAGACAAUGUGGCAGAGGAUCUAGAGGGGGGUGACGAUCUACUGGGCGGCGAUGAGAUCCCAUCGGAGGAGCUUGGACAGUUUGAAUCCUCUUUCCCAUCAGUCGAGACACAGGCACAGAAUGAGCGUGUUGCCCCCGGCGGUACAAUUACCGGCUCCGGCUCCCCCUUCCCAUCUUCUGGAUACGUUAAUCCCCAGGAAACCGAGGCAGAGCCCGAGCCUGUUCGGGAAUGGCGCGAGAAGCGAGAUGCCGAGAUCGCACGCCGUGCAGAGGUCUCCAAUGAGAAGAAGGAGGCAACCGUUAAGAAGGCCCGCGAGGAUAUUGACGACUUCUACGUUUCGUACAACAACAAGGCAGACAAGCACCGUGCUCAGACCAAGACCGAAGCCGAACAAUUCCUGGCCAGUCGCGAGGACACUUCGGCCGGUGGCACCAGCUGGGAGCGCAUUGCCAAGUUGGUCGAUGUGUCGGGCAAGGGCGCCAUCGGCGGUGGCAGUGGCUCGGGCAAGGAGCGUUUCCGUGAGAUGUUGAUCGACUUGCGGAAGGAUCAGGAAGCUCCGGGUGCCACCGGAAUCUAG